AUGAGCUUGAUCAUUGAUUACUCAAACCCCCUCCCACUCCCCACCCACUCCCCUGUACCUAAGGCAUGGAUGCACUAUGGCAACAGGUUUACCAUGGUGCUUGGUGGUCUCAUUGGCCCCGCCCAGGGCAAGCACCUCUUCCUUCACCCACAGCCAUUCUGGCCCAAGGAUGCUCCCCUUGUCAUUUCAAGCCAGCAUGAGCUUUGA